CUGAGGGGGGGGGGGGGGGGGCGGCCGCGGAGGCAGGGUGGGAACGCCGGCUGUGCGCGAGUGGACGGAGGCGCCGUUUCUCCACGCCGGGGCCGGCCUGUCCGUCCGCGGGCGGUGUGUCCGUCUGUCCGGUGGCGGGGCGAGGGGCCGAUCCGCCGCCCGUCCAGCCCCCCGAGGAAACGCGGGCUUGCCGCGCGUCGUGAAUUCGGUUUUGCGGUGUGUAAACGUGUGCCCGUGUACUCCGACGUGUCUUUCCGAAUCUCGCCGUCGCUCCUCUCGACGAGCUGAUCUCGAGCAGAAAUAAACACCAACUCAGCCUGAAGUGUGGUCUUAAUUUAGUUUAAACCACCAAGCACAGUGGUGUUUCUUACAAUUGCAGGUGAUGAUGAUGGAGGAAAGCUCUUUACCCCUGAGGAAUAUGAGGAGUACAAAAGAAAGGUAUUACCAAUUCGGUUACAGAACAGGUUGUAUGUGAGCUGGAGAUCACCAAAUGGCAUGGACUGUAAGCUUGUGGGACCAGAGACGCUGUGCUUUUGUACUCACCGGUAUAAACAACACAAAACAGACUAUGAAGUGGUUCCCAACGACCGUCCCAUUUUUGUGCCCUGUAGAGUGAGCCGUUGCCCAUGCCAGUCCUAUCACUAUGUCCCUCUAAAUGGCACGCAGCCCAUCCGUUGCAGAUGCAAACACUUUGCUGAUCAGCACAGUGCAGCACCUGGAUUUUCAUGUAACUCUUGUUCCAAGUGUUUGGGAUUUCAUAGUUGUUUUACCUGUGCAUGUGGUCAGCCAACAUAUGCUCAUGAAACAGUCGUGGAAACUAAACAAGAGCGCCUAGCCCAAGGAAAGCCUGUGGGGCAGGAUGUUCCUUACGCUGCUAUGGGAGGACUGACUGGUUUUAGUUCACUAGCAGAAGGCUACAUGAGACUCGAUGACAGUGGAAUAGGGGCUCCUUCUGCUGAACUUUUAGAAUCCCCUGUUACCAGCAUGGAUCAUCCAUUUCUAAAAGCAUUCCAGGCACCUUCUAGUUCCGCUCAAACCAUCUCACAGAUAGCAGGUGGUUCUAGUGCCACAAGGCAAGUUUCUCAUGGAAGGCAUUCAGAAGAUGAUGACAUGGCUUGUUUUGAAGGCCGUUAUCAAGAACGGCUGAAAAAGGAGAAGGCUGCUAAACAGAAAGAGGAAAGUCCAGCACCAUCAAAGAAGCCAUGAGAAUAAUAAAGAAAUCUUUGUUACGUGGCACAGUGUUAAUCAUUGUACUGAAGAGUAUUUUUUGCUGCGCCGACCUGCAUACUUGUAUUUUUUCAUUUCUUUAUUCUGCUCUUUUGGUCUACUGCUUAAAUUAGUUUUUAAGUAAGUUGUUGUAAUAAAAUUGGUACUUUAAUCAGUGCGUUUCUAAUCUCCCGAACUGAUACACAGAAAUUCCUUUGAGAAUUGAAAAUCAUAUUUAGAAGUUUAAGCUAUGAGAGAAUAACCAUGUAUUUAAGUAUUACAUUGUAGAAGGGCAAAGAAAAUAUAUAUCCUGUUCUUAGA